AUGGGGUACGAGGAUGGAUGCUGCAACAUUGAAUACUAUGCACAGAUCGUCCGGGCGUGUGGCAAUGCUGGAAUCUUGUUGGAAGCUCGAAGAGUCCAUGAGAGAAUUGCGAGGAGUGUUCACUCACAAAGCCGCUACCUUGCAAAUCUGGUCGUGGCUAUGUAUGGCAAAUGCGGGAGUGUGGACGAGGCAAAGGCUGUGUUUGAUCGCAUUAGCCUCCCUAAUGAUUUCUCCUGGAAUAUGUUGGUCGUAGCGUAUGCCCAAAACGGGCAUUUGCGUGAGGCAAGGUUGCUGAUAGAAAGAAUGCCGCGCCCAAGCGUGAUCGCAUUGACGGCCACCAUAGCCGCUUGUGCUGAAGCUAAAAGAGUCCAAGAAGCUUUGGCUUUGUUUGAAUCAAUGCCAGAGUGGAAUGUGGUGGCCUGGAACACGAUCAUUCAGGCACUUGCCAUGAACGGGGAUCUAGGAGGGGCUCGAGAGAUGUUCGAUCGCAUGCCAUUCAAGGACGUCAUUUCCUGGACUACGAUGACUGAAGCUUACGUCCAGAACUGCCGUUUCGACCAAGCAAGAGUUUUGCUGGGUCAAAUACCGCAGCUCGACGUCGUCACCUGGACUGCAAUGAUCGUCGCAAAUGCCGAAAGUGGGGAUUUGUUAUCCGCAAGAGAUCUCUUCAAUCGAAUGCCGCAGCGGAAUGUGGUGUCAUGGACUGCGAUGAUGUCGGCGCUCGCCCAAGCCGGAGAGCUCAUCGAGGCCAGGAAGCUCUUCGACUCGAUGCCACAGCGGAACUCCAUCUCUUUCAAUGUGAUGAUCGUGGGCUACUCGCAGCAGGAAGAUCUGAAAGAGGCGAAGGGGCUGUUUGACGCGGCGCCAGAGUGGGAUCUCGUCGCCUGGACGGCGCUCCUCCAAGCCCAAGCGGCAAGAGGCAAGCUCCAGGACGCCAUAGAACUCUUCGAUGAGAUGCCGCAGAGAGAUGCCGUAGUGUGCACCGCCAUGAUCGCAGCCUACGCCAGCCAUGGCCGCCUCGACGAAGCUCGAAGUAUCUUCGACACCAUGCACGAGAAAGAUGCUGUCGCGUGGACAGCGCUCACAGCAGCAUAUGCCCAGGCAGGGCAUCUUGAGCACUCAAAGACCAUGUUUGAUUCCAUGCCCUUGCAGGACACCGUGGUGUGUACGGUCAUGGUAGCGGCGUACGGCGACAGUGGCGACGUGCUCGCCGCCAGGAGCGUGUUUGAGAAAAUGCCCGUCAAGUGUACAGCUGCCUGGAACGCGGUCGUACAGGCCUAUGCCCAGCGGGGGCAUAUGCGGGACUUUCGGAAGCUCUUGGCUGGGAUGCCCGAGCACGACACCGUGUCUUGGAACACGGCCAUCCAGGCGAAUGCCCAGAACGGGCACAGCUGCGCGGCUUUGGAAUCCUUUCGGGCGAUGCUGCUGGAGGGAUUCCAGGCGGACGAGCUGAACUUCAGUGCGGUUCUCGCGGCUUGCAGCCACAUUGGCCAUGUUGAAAGCGCGCGGGAUCUUUUUGUGUCCAUGGCACUAGAUCACGAUGUUGCGGCGAUGUUGGAUCACUACGACUCGGUGGUGGACGUGCUGGGGCGCGCUGGGCGAGUGGAGGAGGCCAGGGAGCUCAUCGCCACCAUGCCGUUUCUUCCGGAUGCUGUGGCGUGGACGACGCUGCUGGGUUCUUGCAAGAAGAACAGGAUCAAAGCCGCGGAGGUGGCUGGAAACGCGCACAAGCUCAAUCCAACUAGCUCGGCGCCUUUUGUCUUGUGGAUUGGCAGCUAG